AUGGCCUCGCCAGGCUGCCCCCUGUGCUCAGGGAGCGGCACAUACCGCAUCGGUCCGCGCGUGAAGCUUCGGGAGAAACUCCUGGCCCAGCACGGCCUGGGGCCUAGACCGUCGCCGCUCCCUCCCACUCCUUCGCUCGAUGGGUCUGCAGAGCACACGCAAGAGGGGAAAGAUCGUGAGACCGCGAGGGAAGAGGCCCAGCUGGCGUGGCUGAGGAGACACCUGCUGUGUGGACUGGAAGAGCAGGAGCGACAAUCGUAUCGCUGUCCUUUCUGCUUCCCGCCGUGCUCUGCGGAGCCCGCACAGGCUGCUGGGGAACUUGAGACUGGAGAGGGGACCUUGUCCCUUUCCUCGCAGCGUGUGCUCUUCAUUCCGGUGAAUCCCGAAAGAGCCGAGGCUGUACGGAAGAGGCUGAAUGCUCGGCUCGAACAACACGGUGUCCUGGUGACUGAGGAACUCACGGAAGAAGAAGUCGUCGCGCAGUUCAUCAAGACAGAGAGUCCCAUGUCUUGCGCGCCGGCCCGAAAUUCGACUCGCGAGGCUCUCUUGCCCUUCGCGCAGCUUCCUGUCUCACACGCUCUCUCGUAUUCAUCUCCCUCUUCCGCUCCGCCCGCUUCCGCGUCGCUUCCUUCCUCUCACUCUGCUGCUCCGGUAGCGGUCCCACCCCCGCGCGUUGACCUUUCGAACUUGUCAACGGCGAAUCAACAAAUCAUUGCGCAGCUGGUGCGGCUAGGGUACCCGUUUGAGCGGGCUUUGUCGGCGGUUCGGGAAGCAAAAUUGUCUCCGAUUCUGCACGUGUGCGUCGACAAGGCAGAGGAGUUGGAGGCGAACGACUUGAGCAAACUGCUCCUCGACUUGGGCUCCGUCGAGGCGCGAGAAGAGCUCGAUGUGGCGCGCGCGUCGCGGAACCAGAAAACGAAGGAAGACCUGCAGCUCGGACUGACGCCGCUGUGGGAAGAAGAUCCCGAGUUCAUGAAACAAUACGUCGCCGCGUCUCCUCUCUUCUUGUCUCUUCUGACCCGUCGCGUGGAGAUGCGCGUUCUCCUCCACACACUGCUGCGUCUCCGAGCUUCCGCCCUCAAGGCCUAUCCGCUCGCCGCUCCAGCGUAUCUCCAGAGCAAGGAUUCGCGACUCUCGCGUCUUCUUCUCUGCUUGACUCGGGAGGAAGUUCCAGUCGUCAAUUCUCACCACCGCAGACUCCUGCUUCAGUGCUGUCGGCGGAUGCGCCUGGCGAGGAACCGAGGGGCGAGGCUCGCAAAGAGCGAAGAAAACAACGAGCAGGCGGAAAACGGAAGCCUGACGGCCUCGACAUUGUCCCUCCCCUCCCUCCGCGCGUCGAGAACCUCUUCCUUUCCUUCUCCGCCUCACUCGAGGUCCGCAACGUCUCCUUCGCGCGCACGCUCUGUCGCCAGCCCGCUUCCACGAUUCCACCGAAGCGGCGCGUGCAGAAACGAGCAAAGCUUCGGGCACUUCAGCCAGCGAGACUGCUUCUCUUGUUCUUCCCUCGCCUCCUCGCAGGAGACAGAGCCCUGCGUGGAGACACACGGUUUCGAGGGGCGUUCCAGCGAGGAGGCUCCGGCAGCGGCGUUCUCUCCGCCGCAGUCGCCCUCGCCACCGCCCGCGUGUACGCCUUCGCGCACCAGCAGACGCACUUUGGGACAGGGAACGAGAUGUCGCGGGAAGAAGGAAGUGGACAGUUUCGAGGCGGUGGCCGUGGACACAACUUUUUCUCAGUCGCCCGAGGAAGGGCGGAGCCCGUCUCAAGAGCGACGAGUCAGUUCGGACGAGAACAGCGCUCCAAGCAGGCACCCGCAUCCCACUCAGGCCCGUUUUUCUGCUCGGGAACUCGAGAGAGAGAAGGAAGACCUGGCGCAGAACAGAGCCGGCUGCGGCGUGCCGAGGACGAAGCGAGCGAGACGGCCUGCCGAACUGCAGCGGGGCCCGGGGGCAAAGUUCGGGUGCAGAGGCGAGGACGAAGCAGCCGAGGCGCUUCGGCAACCCUGGCGAGGCUGCACAGACGGCGAAGAAGCUUCGGGAAGAGGGAAGAAGGGAGAAGGUGAGACAGAGAACGGCGAGGCGAGGACGGAGAGUUCCGGAGGGGGAAGGCGACGCAGAAGUCCAGGCACAGAAAGCCGGGACGAUGGACCGCAUGCAGACGGAGAAGGGAACGCAGGGAAGAACGAAACAGAGACUGCGAGCGAGGCCUCAGAACCACGAGAGAAGGAGGAGAAGGCCGAGGUGGAGAGGAGAGAGCGAGCGAGGGGGAGGAUGAACGGAGAGGAGACGAAGGGGAGCGAAGGAGAAGACGCGAGCACGCAGGCCAAGAGGAAGAAGGAAGAAAGCGAGUUGGCGUUUCUGGAGGAGCAGUGGAACACGUCCGAUGGCGACUCAACGAAGGCAGAGCUUCUUGAGGCGUUCAUGCAAGAGCACAAAGAGGGCCUGCAGGAGACUCUCUUCUUCUCGAAUGUCGGCUCCGUCGGCGCGCCGCCUCGCUUUCUCUCGGCCCGUUCAAGGUGCGCGCUGCUCCUGGACCUUUUCUCCGCUCUUUCUUCGUCUCUCGUGUCUUCGCUCGCGUCCCGGGCAGCCCAGCCGCCAGACGUCGGCGCGGGACACGAGGCGGCGUUCGAGUCAGGUCUCGCGGAAGCGAACAGGAACAACGGAGCCUUUGAUUCCGAACGGUCCAGACGCGUCGCGCCUCUUCAGCGCGUGUACGUUCGUCUCCACCCCGGAGUCUGGCCGCCCGCGCUUGUCUUUCGCGUGGAGUCGACAGACGCUGCUGCGCGCUCAGCGGCGAUGGCCUUGGCGACGAGCCUCCGCCCCGACCAGCCCCUGACUCACCUCUCCGAAGGCUCGGAUUCAGAAGACUCCCAGCAAGAAGAAACGGGGCACGAAGAAGACUGGACAGCGGAGGCGUCUCCCCCUUCCCCUCCCGUCUCGAGCUCCGGCAGAGUCGCGUCUUGUGAUGCACCGAAGGCGCCCGAGAGGAGGACUUCGAGCCCAACUGGGGCCGCGACCGAUGAAGGGGACAGCCGAGAAGGCACCGAGAAACGAGGGAGAGGAGGGAAGGAAGAAGAGAGAGAGGAGCGAGAGAAGGACAUGGACGAGGAGAGAGAAGACGACGACUGUUUGAUUCUCGGGGAAGGUUUUGCCCCGCACGCGUGUCCCUCUCCGCUCUCUUCCACCCUUUCGUGUGAAGAACGUGCUUCGUCUUGCGAGGGAUCUUCCUCGAGGGCGCGGCCUGCUUUCUCGGUUUCGGGGUGUUUGUCGCGAGGGGGAACCUCGCAGGGUUUUGCGGGCAAAGACCGAAAGGGUGGCUUCUCUCCGGAAAACGCGGACUCGGACGACGAGCUCCAGCGGGCGAUUGCGGCCUCGCUGUGGACGUACAGCCGAGAACAGACGGCGAAACGCAAGCGGAACGGGCUCAUCACCGAUUUCUUUCAGGUCAGCAAAAAACCAAAGGCUUCCCCGGUGGCCGCUGCCCAGAAGAGAUCCAGUUCUUCGCUGACCAGAGCCCGGGCUGGGGUAGCUCCAACGAUCCGCGUCGGCCCUCGUCCCCGGCCAGCUUCGCGCUGUGGGAGCGGCAAAGACCCGACCGGAAAAUCUGCUUCCGGCGCCCCAGCGCGUCCUUCUGUCUCUGCGAAGGCAGGCGCGCGACAGCACGCAGGCGGGCUCUGGGACGGCAGAAGAACGAGGAAGGGGGGAGCUGGAGAGGCGGAGGACGCGGGCCGAGAAAGAGCAGAGUUCGCGCGGGAAGAAAAACGCGAGUGGACGGAGGGGCGACAGACGCAAGAGAGGGAGGAGCACGCGUUGGGGGCGAGGCAGGAGGGAGACGGCAGAAGAACGAAGGUCGAGAACUGCCUCCGACGCGACGCAGAUAGGCUCGUGGGGAACGCGACGAAAUACGCAUCUCUCGAGAGUCAGAACCGACGUUCCAGCGGAGGCACUUCCCCGUCUUUCUCCCCAGCUUCGCCUUCGCCGUCUGCGUCGACCGGGCCGCAGCUCUUCGCGCCCCAAGGCCUUCACAGCGACAGGCUGUGGAGUCGGCGAGAGGGCCAGGAAGUUGCCGAGGAAGAAGUUGAAGCGGCGGUCGCGGAGCUCGCAGCGGCGCUCUGCGAUGAUUCGCGGAGCGUCGAACGCGAGGACUCUGCUGCGAGUUUGUCGGGGACAGAAACUGUGGACGCAGGACCGUCGGGCGGAACGUGGAAACCUCUUGUCAGAACUGCAGGCAGCAAGUGGAGCCUUGUGAGCUGUGCAUACACCUCGGUGUUUCCGCCUCCCUCUGCACCAGGGCGAAGAUGGACGUCCAAGACGUGUUCCAGGUCGGCAUCGGUUGGUUCUCAAGCGCCACAUGCAUCGCCGUCUGUGGCUUCUGCGUCGGCAGGUUCGCCGUCGUCUCCGUGCCCCGCGAGUGCCUCACAGCGGCCACUCUGUUCUUCCCUUCUUCUCGCGGAGUUUGCCAAGACGAGCGACCGCGAGAAGGGUGCGCUCCUCGCAGAAAUGAUGGAGGAACUGUGGCACGCAGCGUAUGCAGAUCCGCGCCUCGAGGGAGCGACCGACGCGACGGAGUCCGCUGGCCGGUCCGUUGCAGAGAAGCCGCCUUCGCUGGCGGCGAACCAUCUUAACAGGAGCAGCCUCGCAGAGUCCAGUGUCGGGUCCGAAGGCCCAUGUGGCACAGCAGAAAACGGCGCGGGGGCAGAGAGAGAGAGCGAGAACAGAAAGUACUCGGAGCGACGAGAUGAGGAAGGAAUGCGUUCGAGAAGCGUAGCUUUUUCAGCGACGGCGGGGUUUUCAGGACAUGCGGAAGCUGCCUCUGAGGCGCUGGAUUCGCAACGCUGGUUCGACUCGGAGUUCUCUGAGGACGAAGCGUAUUUGUUGAGGGGGUAUUCGACAGAACAGCCAAAGCAGACGCCUGCAUUUCCGCUUCGCACGGGAAACUGGAUACAAACUUCGCGUUUCCUCUCUUCUCGCAUGCGUGCAAAUCUUCAGCGCGUGUGCACGAGAGGCAGGACGGAGAAGAGCAAGGCUCCCUUCGCUUGCGACAACAACGCAGACGAAGAGAAGACCGAUGACGGCGUGGAGUGCAUCGGCAGCAGUGCGGUUCCGAGCCUCUGCGGUGUACGCGCGCGUUCGACAGGAAAGAGUUCACCGUGCGAUCACGCGUCGGGACAGAUCGGCAGCGCAAAAUCGAUCCUUUAG